CAAGAUCAGCCCCGCGAGCAUCCCACACUCCCUGUUCCACUACGAAGUAUGUCCAAUAUCGCAAAGACGAGCAUUACGUCUUCCUGCAGCUGCGGCCUCUCCACCUUCUCCUUUUCUAUACCAAACGAACUACUUCCCCUACCUACUUAUCUCUGUCACUGCAACACCUCUCGCCGCAUCUCUGGCGCCUUGUGCACCACCUACGUCGAUAUUCCUCUCAAACCGGGCGACCCUAAGCCUGACCUAGACUCAUUAACCGCAUACGCGUCUUCCGAUAUCCUAACGCGCUACUUCUGCCCGACGUGUGGCACGCACUUAUACCUCAAAUACAACUCCGACGGCCACCUUUCCGUCUCAACCGGUAGUCUUGACCGAACCGAUGGCGUGGUUGAGUUCAAAGGGCAUAUGUGGAUCUCAGACACCAAUGACGGCGGCGCGAGUGACCUCAUUCCCUCAAUCAACGAGACCCCCCUGAAACGCUGGGCCUCGGAGGCCCUCACAAGUCCCGAACUUGCUCGCGGAUGGAAACACACAACUCCUAAUCCAAACAAACCCACAUUCCCGCCUCCUCCAGCCGAAAAGCUCCACGCCCACUGCCACUGCAACGGCGUCUCUUUCUACAUCUCCCGCCCUGACACCCUCUCCCACGUCGCUACGUCCCCCUUUCCGGACCUCCUCGUCCCCUAUCACUCAUCCACAUCGCCCGCUAAUCCUACCAAUACCCCGUGGUGGCUGCCCACGCCGACGCAGUAUCUAGCCGGCACAUGUGCGUGCACCUCCUGCCGCCGCAGCUCUGGCUUCGAGAUCACGUGGUGGGCGUUUGUCCCAGCCGCUAACAUUUCGCUGUCUGACAGUAGCCCAUUUGAGCGGUACUUCGGCACGCAGACGGCUUAUCGCAGUGCGAACCAUUGUGUGCGCACGUUCUGUAGGGUCUGCGGAAGUACGGUGUUUUGGGAUGGGGACGAGAGGCCGACUAUUGUGGAUAUAGCGGUGGGAUUGCUGGAUGCACCGGAGGGGGCGAGGGCAGAGGAGUGGGUUAGGUGGUGCGAUAAGAGAGUUAGCUUUGCGGAGUUGGGCCGGGCUGGGGGGUUCGUGAAAGGUUUGGAGGAGGGGCUGAAGAGGUAUGGGGAUGAGAGAGAUGAGAAAGAGGGUACUGUAGAUAUAACUACAUGAUAAUCGAAGAUGGUUCA